GCAGAUGGACGGGGCUGGGUUGGUGUUGGAGGGGGGACUGCUGCCCAGAUGCAUUUUGGUCACUUUGGGGCACUUUCUGGAGAGGUGUUGGUGUGGGAGCUCUGCAGUCAUUGCCCACCAGGCACUGUCUGGAUCCUAUAGAGGGCUUUGCACCCAUCCCAUCCCCCAAACCAUCCCAUAACCAGCAUUCUCCCAGUCCCAUCUUUGCACCUCUCCCUCUCAUUUGGGAGCUGGGGAUCCGGGGAGCACUGCAGCCUCCAGCCCCUCUCCGAUGGGGAGAGCUGGGCAUACAGGGCUGUACCCCCUCCCAGUCCACAUUGCCUCCUGGAGGGGUACAGCAAAUGGCUCUGAGUUAGGCGUUGGCAUGGAGAACAGAGCUACAGGCAGCUCAGCCUCACUUAGACACCAGAGAAUCCCCACAGCAGGCUGAGCCCUGGGAGGCUGCUGCUUUCUAGCCAGCUUUGUGCUGGAAGGGCGGGGGUCCAUCCCUCACCGUGCACCAAUGCCCCCCCCAGACAGAUAAAACCCACAGACCCAGACACGAUGCCACAUCAAUAGCGAUUGCCUGCCCACAUCCUCACAGCAUCCCCCAGGUGUGGGGCACAGCGUCCCCCCCACGGGGCCAUCAGGCCCCAAGGGUCGCAUUGCCCCCACCCCCAUUUCAGACCCCAUCUCCACCUUUGCUCAUCUCCACGCGCUCUCCCAGCUCCGGCGCAGAGAUAACUUUCUCAGAGCCAUUUUUUCCCCUCCAUCUAAUUAAAAACUUUUUUUUUUUUCCCCUUUUGUUCCUUCCCCCCCAUUCUCCCCCCUCCCCACCCCCCCCUUUCCCUCUCUCGUUCGGUUGUGUUUAUCUGCGCCCUGACUCCUGCCCGAAUAAUCUCUCGCCGCCCGGAGCUGGUGUGCAAACCUCAAGGUUUAUUAUCGGGGUGAGCAGGGCACGGCGAGGAGGGACGGCUCGUCCUGACGGACAGCCCCUGCGCUCCCCCUUCCCCUCCACAAUGAUGAACUGGAGCUGGUGGUGCAGGAUGGGGAGCGCCGGGUGCGAGCCCGACAGAGCCUCCCUGAGGGCUUCUCCUGGGGACCCUUCCAGGGCAGCAUCCACAGUGAGCCGACGUCACCGGGACACGGCGAGGCGCAGAGCCCACCCGUGACGCUGGUGCUGGGGGAUGAGAGCUGCUGGCUGUCCUGCCUGCCCCUGGUGUCCGGAGAGCCCGAUGCCAACGCUGUCAUCUACAGGAAGGAUGACGCCGUGUGGUGCAGGACCACGCGUGCCGUGCGGGAGGAUGAGCCCAUGUGUGCCUUCGUGGUGGCAGAGCCAGCUGCCAUCCCUGGGCAGGCGGUGAAGGCAGAGCCUGGAGACUCGCCCUACCCGGCUGCGCUGCACUCCGACAUCCAGCUGCUGCCCCAGCAGGCGGGCAUGGCUGCCAUCCUGGCCACCGCCGUGGUGAACAAGGACGUCUUCCCAUGCAAGGACUGUGGGAUCUGGUACCGGAGCGAGCGCAACCUGCAAGCCCACCUGAUGUACUACUGUGCCAGCCGGCAGAGCGCGGGCUCACCUGCUGUGGAUGAGAAGCCCAAGGAGACAUACCCCAAUGAGCGUGUCUGCCCCUUCCCCCAGUGCAAGAAGAGCUGCCCCAGCGCCAGCUCCUUGGAAAUCCACAUGCGGAGCCACAGUGGGGAGCGUCCGUUCGUCUGCCUGAUCUGCCUGUCCGCCUUCACCACCAAAGCCAACUGCGAACGCCACUUGAAGGUGCACACGGACACCCUCAAUGGUGUCUGCCACAGCUGCGGCUUCAUCUCCACCACACGGGACAUCCUCUACAGCCACCUGGUCACCAACCACAUGAUCUGCCAGCCAGGCUCUAAGGGAGAGGUGUACUCACCAGGGCCAGCACUGCCUGCUGCCAAACCCCUCACCCCUGGGCUGAGCCAGCCGAACAACGCGCCCGUGCUGAAGUGCAGCCUGCCCGCCUUCAUACCCGACGGGCUGCCGGCCCUACCGCAGCACGUGGUGCUGCACGGCCCUCUACCCACCAUCCUGCCCGGCCCAGAUGCCACCCCACAGCCCGCAUCACCCUCGGACACCACCACGGGACCCGCAUCCACUGAGGCGCAGAAUGGUGAAACCCCUGGAGAAGGUCAGUCCUCCUCCUCCUCCGGCGAGGCCAUCCGCAUCAAGGAGGAGCCAGCUGAUAGCCCGGCUGGGAGCGAGGCAGAGGAACCCAAAAGUGGGGAGGCCGCUGGUAGCCCCAGCUCGGAGCCAGAGCCCAGCUCCCGGACCUCAUCCCCCCGUAGCCUUCCCCCAGGGAAGGUGAAGUUGGAGCUGGCCAGCCCCACGCCGGGCUCCAGCCCCGUGCCCAGCGAGCCGGGCUCGGGCACGGCGGGCGGCACCGUCUUCCUGCCGCAGUACCUGUUUGGCCACGAGGCCGCGGCGGUGGUCCCGCAGGCAUCGGAGAUCCUGGCCAAGAUGUCAGAGCUGGUGCACAGCCGGCUGAAGCAGGGCCACGGUGCGGUGCCGCCGGCACUGUUCACCGGAGCGCCGGUGCCGAAAGGCGCGACGUGCUUCGAGUGCGAGAUCACCUUCAACAACAUCAACAACUACUACGUGCACAAGCGGCUCUACUGCUCCAGCCGCCACCUGGCUGAGGACAGCCCCCCCGGUGCCCGAAAGCUCAAAGUGCCCCCAGCGGCCCCCAAGGGUCCCCCUGGCCCUGGGACGCUGCUGUCUGCUCCGUCGGGCGAAGGGCAGAGGGCUCCAUCAGGGGACGGGGAUGUGGGGCGCGCAGCCACGCCGCCCGCCCCGCUGGAAGAAAGCAAAGCGGUGUCCCCGGAGGCGGAGGUGGCGGCAUCGGGGCGGUGCAGCGAGGACAGCCAGAGCCCUGUCAGCUCGGAGGGGGACGAGGACCCCAGCAAGACGCUGUGUGAGGCGUGCAACAUCCGCUUCAGCCGCCACGAGACCUACGCCGUCCACAAGCGCUUCUACUGCGCCUCGCGCCACGACCCGCCGCUGCGCCGGCCCGGCCUGCCCAAGGUGCCCUUCGUCCCGCAGCCCCUCCGCACCCGCAAGCGCCGCAAGCUCUACGAAAUCCACGGGGCUGAGCCACCCCCACCGCCCGACCCCAAAGCCCCGGCGGCCGCCCCUUCGCCCAGCUCCAGCCCCGAUGCCGAGGGUCCCAUCGAUCUGAGCAAGAAGCCGCGGCGGCGCGGCGGGGAGCAGAACGCAGCCACGUUGCUGCCGUUCGCCGACUACCACGAGUGCACGGCGUGCCGCCUCAGCUUCAACAGCCUGGACAGCUACCUGGCCCACAAGAAGUUCUCCUGCCCCGCCACCCCGUUGCAGCCCGGUGCCAUGGAGCACCUCCAGAAGAUCAAAGGGGCUGUGCCCAAAGGACACCGCGACGGCGAAGGGGACAAAACGGCCCCCGCCGGCACCACCAAGGCUCUGCCACCCGCUUACCCUGCGGCCACGGUGGGGGACUCACGGUACCCUAAAGGUGCCAAAGGGCCGCUCUCCAUCUGCCCCUACUGCCCACUCAACGGGACCAUCAAGGGGGACCUCAUCGAGCACUUCCGCCACGUCCACGGGCUCUUUGUGGCCGCUCAUGGCCUCCCUGACGCCCCACGGCCCGGGGGGGGCAGGACGCCCGAGCCCCCCGCAGCCUCACCCCCGCGCCCACCCGCCCCGCGCCUCCGCCGGGACAGCUUCAACGGCAAGGAGGCUCGCGAUGCCCCCCCCAACGGCAGCCCCCGGCCCCCCGUCUCCCCCCGGCCCCCCACCGACAAGCCCCCCACUCCGCCCUCCUAUACGGACCGGGGGGUGCAGACCCCCCCGGCCAAGGCUGCGCCCGGCCCCGUGCCCAACGGCAACCACCGGUACUGUCGCCUGUGCAACAUCAAGUUCAGCAGCCUGUCCACCUUCAUCGCCCACAAGAAGUAUUAUUGCUCGUCCCACGCGGCUGAGCACGUCAAGUAAAGCCCCCCCCCCAGCUCCGAUAGGCAGUUUGGGGUUGGGGGGGCUGCGUGGGAAUGGUGUGGCUGGGGGUCGAGGUCCCGGUGAUGGAUGUGUAUUUAUAAAGCGCUGCGCCACCAUCCUCAUUGCAGAUGUGGGGUUGGGUCGGGGUGAUGGACCUCAGGGGGGGCUUCUGCAGCCCCUCCUCAUCCCCAGAGCACCACAUCUCUCUGCUCUGGGUGCUGACGUGCACCCCAAGUGGAAGGACCUCAGAGCACGCACCUGGAGGCACCGUGGUAUGGGGAGGGGGGCUGCCCCCUCCCCAGCUCUGCAAAGCCCCCUCUGUCUGCCCCACUGCUCCUCCCCACGUGGUGCUGCAGGGAAAGUGGGGCAGGGGGCAGACACUACAGGGAAGGGGGGGCACAAGCAGGCCCUGGAAUGGGAGAGCACUGAAGCUGAGAAUGAAGCAUCCCUGGGAACUGUGUGUAUAAGUGUGUACAGAAAUAAAUAUGUCUAAUAACA